AUGGAGUCAGACAUUUUGCAAAUCCCCCAGGAAACACUCACCUGCUUCAUUUGCCAGGGCAUCUUUAUGGACCCAGUCUCCCUAAGGUGUGGCCAUACCUUCUGCAAGGACAAGUGCGUGAUCCACAAGGAGAGAAAGAUGACAUUCUGUGGUGAGAGCAGGGCCUUCCUCUGCCAAUUGUGUUCUGACCCCCAGGAUCACAGAUGUCACACACACUGCACUAUUGGAGGGCGUGUUUGUAUGCAAAUGGACUAUGUGACCCUACGGGGGGAAAUGAUCACGACACAGUAUAGCAAACUACAUCCACCCCUCAAUGAAGAAGUGAAUCAAUAUAUGGCAUGUAUGAAAAAUCAAAGCAAUAUUAUUUUAGAGGCGCUUGGGGAAAAUGAAGCCAUGAUGGUCCACAAGAGGAGUCAACUAAUAGUAAUGUAUCAGGAGCUGAAGGCGAUGUCUCAGAAGCCAUAUGAGGUGCUGCUGCAGGAUUUGGAUGACUUGUUCAGAAGGAGUGAGUCAGUACAGCUGACACAGAGAAUGAAACCAAAACUCGGUGCCCAUCCCAAUACUGGGCUGACUGCAAGGUUCAACUACUUCCAAGUGAAAAUUUUCUUUCAAAAUUUAAUUCUAUUCAACUGCAAACUAAGCCUAGUUUUUGAUGUGAGAAGAUUCACCUCUAGACCUUACAAUGAAAAUCCAUUUCUGGCUGUGCCUGGAUCCUAUCGUGCUUCCUGGGGAGCAGAGAGCUUCACCACUGGAAAACAUUACUGGGAGCUGGAUUUGAAGGACCAUGAGCAAUGGGCUGUAGGGGUCUGUAACAAUGUCUGGUUAAAGAAGAGAAACUUUGAGAUUGGAUCUAAAGGAGCAUUUCUUCUUGUGUGUUUGAAGGAGAGUAAUCAUUACGGCCUCCUCACUACCUGCCCAACAUUUUGUCACUAUAUAGAGAAACCAACUGGCCGGGUUGGCAUGUUCCUUGAUUGUGAAGGUGGAUGUGUGAGUUUCCUGGAUGUAACCCAGAGUUCCCUCAUAUACAGUUACUGCCCUGGAACUUUCCAUUGCACUGUCAGGCCUUACUACUGUACUCUCUACACAUGA